CAAAAAGAUGAGAUCAAAAGAGCAAAUCACCAUAAACUCAAGCGUGAAAUUCAUCCUCAUCAGCAUCAUCUUCCUUAUCGUGUACUUCAUUACAAUCCCAUCAUCAAUGUUUUCCCCGCUCUCACUCCUCUAUUCAAAGCAAACUUCGCCGGAAAGUCGAGAACAGGCGACCGGAAGCGGCAAGAUUCCGGCGUCGCUGGCGGCGGCACUGGUCCACUACGCCACCACGACGGUGACGCCGCAGCAGACGCUCGACGAGAUCUCGGUGUCGAUGAGAGUUCUGGAGAGGAAGUCGCCGUGCAACUUCCUCGUCUUCGGGCUCGGCUACGACAGCCUGAUGUGGACCGCCCUUAACCAGGGCGGCCGCACCGUCUUCCUCGAGGAGUCCGACUCGUGGAUCGACCAAAUGGGCAGCCGCUUUCCUUCCCUUCAGUCCUACCAUGUUGUCUAUGAUACCAAGUUGAGUGAGGCAGAUGAGCUGCUGGAAAAUGGGAAGAAAGAGGAGUGCACGGUGGUCGGCGAUCCGAGAUCGUCGGAAUGCCGGCUGGUGCUGAAGGGGUUGCCGGAGAUAGUGUACGACACCGAGUGGGACGUCGUCAUGGUGGACGCGCCGACAGGGUACCACGACAAUGCCCCGGGGAGGAUGGGCGCCCUUUACACGGCUGGACUGAUCGCUCGAAACCGACCCGACGGGGAGACCGACGUGUUCGUCCACGACGUCGAUAGAGUCGUGGAGGACAACUUCUCAAAGGCAUUUCUAUGUGAAGGGUAUAUGGUCGAACAGAAGGGGCGGAUCAGACAUUUCACUAUCCCUAGUCACCGAGCUCGACCCGGUCGACCUUUUUGUCCCGCAACAACAGUGUAAUAUACUCUAGCAAAUAUAAUACACUCUUUGCAUUGUGAAACAAUAUCUUCUCACAUUUUAGCUAAUCAUUUGUCAUAGUAAUACUUUUUUUUUGAAUGCUAUUAGCUCUGUUAUAAUGUAAUAUCUCUUCAUAUUGUUCUCAAUCUAAUGACGCAUAUAGAACCAAUACAUCUGCCUCCGAGGGGCUCAUAUUUGUUAUAGUAAUAUAACUUAUUCUAUUCU